AUGGUGGUGCUUCCUUAUACUAUUGCUUUCCUACUCCUUUCCUCCUUACAGACUGUAAAAAUCGCAAACUCGCAAUCAUUCAUCGGUAUAAACUAUGGCCAAGUUGCGGACAACCUUCCACCACCACCAUCCACUGCAAAGCUUCUUCAAUCCACUUUAAUCCAAAAGGUCCGAUUAUAUGGAUCGGACCCCGCCAUAAUCAAAGCCUUAGCCAACACCGGAAUUGGAAUUGUUAUCGGCACUGCAAAUGGUGACAUUCUAGGACUAGCCUCUGAUCCCAAUUUUGCCAAGAGCUGGAUCAACACGAACGUGCUUCCCUUGUAUCCAGCUAGCAAUAUCAUCCUCAUCACUGUCGGCAACGAGGUCAUGACUUCCAAUGACCAGAAUCUCAUGAACAAGCUCUUACCAGCAAUGCAAAAUGUACAGAAUGCUCUAAAUGAUGCAUCGCUCGGGGGUAAAAUUAAGGUCUCCACAGUUCAUUCGAUGGGAGUGCUUAAGCAGUCUGAGCCACCUUCUUCUGGAAGCUUUGAUCCAAGUUAUGGGGAUCUGAUGAAGGGCUUGUUGGAGUUUAAUAGUGUGAAUGGUUCGCCUUUCGCAAUCAAUCCCUACCCUUACUUUGCCUACAGAAGCGAUACAAGGCCUGAGACUCUCGCUUUUUGCCUUUUCCAGCCGAAUGCAGGACGAAUGGAUGGAAAUACUAAGAUCAAGUACAUGAACAUGUUCGAUGCUCAGGUGGAUGCAGUUUAUUCUGCACUGAAUUCUAUGGGAUUUAAGAAUGUUGAGAUUGUGGUGGCUGAGACUGGAUGGCCAUUUAAAGGAGAUGACAACGACGUAGGGCCAAGCAUUGAGAAUGCCAAGGCUUACAAUGGCAAUUUGAUUGCACACCUUCGAUCGAUGGUGGGCACUCCACUCAUGCCAGGAAAAUCAGUGGAUACAUACCUCUUUGCUCUUUAUGACGAAGACUUGAAACCUGGACCUGGUUCUGAGCGAUCAUUUGGACUUUUCAAGACUGAUCUCACCAUGGUUUAUGAUGUUGGACUCUCUACAAGUAGCCAGACCCAACCACUAGCAGCAGUAACACAACCACUAGUACUAGCAGCAGCCACCAACACCAGCACCAGCACCACCAACAAUAACAGUAGCACAAGCACGAGCACGACCACAGGCACGGGUACGAGCACAAGCACGAGCUCAAGCACAAACAACAUCAGCAUCAGCAGCGGCAACGGCAGCAACAAAGUAUAUUUAAAUAGGAUUUUCUAUUUAGGUUUGUUGUAUGGGUUUAUGGGACUUUCUUUGAUUUGCUUUUUUUCUUUUUUUUGGUGCUUCCCGGGUAUCCUCACACCCUUUUUAAAGGGUGAGAAGUCUCAUUCAGGGUUUGUGGCAACCCCUCCCAACAAGUUCAAUUCUCAGUGCGCUUCCUGAGAAUCGAACUUGUGUUCUCACUCUUGCGGGGAUAUAGCGAUGCCUAACCACUAGACCAACACUUCAUUGGUUCUUGCCUUCUCUUUUGUGACUUGCAAACUUAGAAUAAGAAGUUGUAAAGAGAUGAUGAA